AUGGCAGGAAACCCCGUAGAUCCCUUGCAGACGCUUUCUGCAGCGUUAGCCGUCCCGCCUGACUCGAAGGAACAGGCUGAGCUGCUUGCGACGUUACGUGAAUCCCUUGAGGCUUACCCCGGUCCCAUACCUAUUCUCUGUAAAACGCUCAUUCGGACGCUGUCCGGCGCAGGGGACUCGGUCCUCAAGCGAUGGGUACUGGACUUGUUACAUUUCGCGAUAUGUCGGUCAAACCUAUCUGUGGAAGUCCGCACAGACUUGGCUUCGCAGUCCGUCGAGACAUUGGCUGGCCUGUUGAAUGAUCCCAACCCAAAUUCCGUCAAGUUGGUCGUGCAAUGCUUCGCGACGGUGUAUCCCCUGCUCUUCCGCGUCCUAUGUACAAAUCGUAACCUCCGGCAAAUGUGGGACGUCCUUUCGCAGGCAAAGGCGAGGAUCCUUGACUUUGUGCGCGCUGCUGGGGUGCCCAUGGGGAUAAAGCUGGCGUCGGUGAAGUUCAUGCAACGCGUGAUCCUCGUUCAGACCAGAGGCGUAGCUGAUCCUAGGCUUCAGAACAAGAACGACCCCAAUCUAGCCAUGUGUCCCAGCGACCAUCCCUUCAUACCCGUGGCUGCGCUUGAAGCGGAAGGCGUCAAGUUGCUCGAGGGUAUAAUCACGAUGCUUUAUACCAGCUCCAAUCCGGAUAUCCUAUCCGCUAUAUUGAACAGUUGGGCUAACCUGGUCAAAAACAGACCUGGCCCCCUUGUCCAAAUAGUGGUUACGGCUCUUACGCAAUGGACUCCCAAUGCUCUAGCGGGACAACCAGCUUCAUCUAUCAAAAGCGUCGAAAAGGCUGUCCGGAUAUUAUUGAUCCACAUCUCACGAACACCACAAGGCGCGCCGUAUGUUGGGCAGAUCAAUGAAGCGCUCGCCGUUCAGGGAGCACGUAUGGACCGAGCUGCCGCGGAAGAAAAGGCUCGCAAGGCUGCUGCCGCUGAAGCCAGCAGGAAAAGGCCGGCCAGCGUACCGCAGGAGUCUCCACCUGAUUCCAAGCGAGUGAAGUUGGAACCAGACCAGAAUGCCGCGGCGGCGGCGGCAUUCCUGGCAUCGUUCGACUUCACCACCCUACCCACCACCCUUAUUAACGACCUCAUUAUCGCUAACCUAUAUGCAUUCCCCGAACCUGCGUUACAGGCCUUGGUGCUCACGUAUCGAGAUACCAGACGACCAUCCGCUCCUGCUGCAGCACCUGCACCAGUCGCAGCGCCGGUGGCCAGUGCGCCGGUCGUUCCCCCCAAUGCACCCCCUCCGUCAGCAUCAGUAGCAGGACCCCCAACAGCCCCUGCGGCUGCGGUUGCCCCUACUGAGAAGAAGGCAGCCACUCCCGUGCCGUCCGCACCUCCGCCUGUCAAGGAAGAGCCAGUCGAUCCUUUGCAGAUGGAUAUCGACGAAGAAGAGAUGGAGUACGAACCUGACAAGCUCAACUUAGAGCUCUCUGCCGGCGAGCACGCAGACGCAGAAGAUGGCGACAUGGGAGUUCCUGAAGCUAUCGACAUUGACCUCUUGACGGAACUCAAAUUGCCCCCGCCAAAAGUAUGGUCGGAGGAAGACCGAGACGCACUAAUAGGAUCAUCUAUGUCGCGCAUUCGAGAAGGGGUGGACGUUGUGAGUCCUGGUGACGAUACGACCGUCAACCCGUCAAAGAUGGUCGCGACAGACCUGUGGAUGCUGUUGAUUAUCCGGAUGGUAACGAGGGUGGUCGAGUGUCCCAAACCGGGUAAGGACACGGAGGCAGGAGCGGGGGAGGACUCAAAAGAUGACGUCGAGCUCUUCGCGCGACAAGAACGAUUAAGACAACGGUUGUGCGACUAUAUCAUGGCAAAUUUUUCCGCUCGAGUCCGACUUGCCACGACAUGGAUGAACGAGGAAUGGUACAACGAUCGAAUACGGUCGGCAGAUGACCCGGAUUGGAGACCUAACUACGACAUAUGGCUCAGCCAGAUUCUUGCCGCAUACCAGACUCACAUGGAUGCUAGAGAUCGGACGUUCACGCGAUUUUUGCUAGACUUGCCUUCAAUACCUCCGGAUGUUUUGGAGAUGUUGCGGGAACUCUGUUUAGAUUCCGAACGCAUGACUGUUGGCUUUACCACUCUUCGCGAAUUUGUGCUGCAACGGCCCACGUUGCGAUACGAAGCCAUAAACGUGUUACUGGAGCUAACGACACAUUCUGAAAAACUUAUCCGUGGCGCCGCCAUCAACACGGUCAAGCGAUGGGUCCCGGAUGUACAACCGAUGGGUGAUAUGGUUCGCGCAUUCGCUCUUCAUAUCCUACGAAGACUGCAGUCUCGCGCGCCGAAAGAAAAACAGGCAGAUGAAGAUAUAGCCAUGAAUGGGGAGGGGGAAAACAUGGAGGAUGGCCAGUUACCUGCGGAAGACUUGGUCCAAACUCCUUAUUUGCCGGAGGAGCUGGAUUCUCCUGUGCAGCGAGCGCAGGUCCUACAGCACGUAGAGCUAUUAUUUGCUCUCUCGGUCAAGAGUCCUGAUUUGUUGGACGAGAUAUUCACUGCAUACGGCCAAAUGGAGCGGCCCGUCCAGGAGACUGUCCAGGAGCUCAUCACUCCCCUUAUCCGGUCACUAGGCUCAAGUCACGGGAAACUUCUGACCCUCUUGCGGACAUUCCCCUCCGGCGCCGAGUCUCUGGCUUUACGGGUGCUCACCAUCUUUACUGAACAUGGUCGGCCAAGUCCACAGCUCGUCGCUCUAGUGAAGGGUCUCAUCACUGAACGAGACCUGAAUGCGAAGUUCUUGAUCCCUAUUAUCGCCGAGAUGGACAAGGCGGAUAUCGUGCGACAUUUACCCCGUAUUGUGUCCAUUCUCAAUGGCAACACGGAGGAAAAGAAUCUCGUGCGGUCGGUGUUCAGCGCUAUUGUUACGACCCCGCCGGAGACGUUUGGCACGGUUACCUCAAAUUUGCCUCGAGUGCGGCAGAGUGAGCUACUCACCCCUGCGGAACUUAUGGUACUGUUGCAUUCGGCUGAGAAGGAGAUCGGCCUGAAGGCUGCAAUUGAAGCCAUCGGAAUCUGUUUCUCCAUGACUGAUGUUUUCCGGUCCGAGAUUCUUGCCGUGGUUAUGCAGCAGAUCGUGGAUCAACCCGUGCUGCCCACGUUGUUCCUCCGAACGGUCAUACAGGCCGUGACCACCUACAAGUCGCUUGUCGGGUUCGUGUCGACGACGCUACUGUCGCGGCUUAUCACCAAGAAGAUUUGGACAAAUCCGCCACUCUGGGAAGGCUUCAUUAGGUGUGCGAAGAUCAUAGCGCCCUCGAGUUUCGGGGCGUUGCUUCAGCUCCCCAAAGACCAACUCCGGGACCUUGUGGAAAAACAGCCCAGUCUGAAAGCAGGUCUGCGCGACUAUGUUAUGAAGAAGGCUGGAAACAAGGCGCAGAAGGCUGGGUACCUCGAUUUCCUAGGAGACGAUACCUCUUCGCAGCAACCGCAAGCAGUGGCGCCGUCUCCUGCAUAGCUAUUGCUUUCGCAUUCCCCUUCCUGGGCCUGUGUAUUUUACACGAGCACACGUCUAAUUCUGUAUUGCUGGCAGUAUGUACAUGUAGGAUGGACGCAAAUUUUAGGAAUAAUUACCGUCCGAAG